ACGGAAGUGACGUAACGGGGCGGGGCGCGCACCUGGGCACCUGGGCACCUGGGCUGCCGCGGCGGCUCCGGCUAGAAGCGCGCGAUGGAGGGCGAAGGCGGGACUCCGUGGGCCCUGGGGCUGCUGCGCACCUUCGACGCGGGCGAGUUCACGGGCUGGGAGAAGGUGGGCUCGGGCGGCUUCGGGCAGGUGUACAAGGUGCGCCACGUCCACUGGAAGACCUGGCUCGCCAUCAAGUGCUCGCCCAGCCUGCACGUCGACAACAGGGAGCGCCUGGAGCUUUUGGAAGAAGCCAAGAAGAUGGAGAUGGCCAAGUUUCGGUAUAUCCUGCCUGUGUACGGCAUCUGCCACGAACCCGUCGGCCUGGUCAUGGAGUACAUGGAGACGGGCUCCCUGGAGAAGCUGCUGGCCUCGGAGCCGCUGCCAUGGGAUCUGCGGUUCCGCAUCAUCCACGAGACUGCGGUGGGCAUGAACUUCCUGCACUGCAUGUCCCCGCCGCUCCUGCACCUGGACCUCAAGCCCGCCAACAUCCUGCUGGAUGCCCACUACCACGUCAAGAUCUCUGAUUUUGGGCUGGCCAAGUGCAACGGGCUGUCCCACUCACACGACCUCAGCAUGGACGGCCUGUUUGGCACCGUCGCCUACCUCCCUCCAGAGCGCAUCCGGGAGAAGAGCCGGCUCUUCGACACCAAGCACGAUGUGUACAGCUUUGCCAUCGUCAUCUGGGGCGUGCUCACGCAGAAGAAGCCGUUUGCAGAUGAGAAGAACAUCCUGCACAUCAUGGUGAAGGUGGUGAAGGGCCACCGCCCCGACCUGCCGCCUGUGUGCAGAGCCCGGCCGCGUGCCUGCAGCCACCUGAUGCGCCUCAUGCAGCGGUGCUGGCAGGGGGAUCCGCGAGUCCGGCCCACAUUCCAAGAAAUUACUUCUGAAACCGAGGACCUGUGUGAAAAGCCUGAUGAUGAAGUGAAAGAAACUGCUCAUGACCUGGAUGUGAAAAGCCCCCCGGAGCCCAGGAGUGAGGUGGUGCCUGUGUCUUCGAGGCUCAAGCGGGCCUCCGCCCCCACCUUCGAUAAUGACCACAGCCUCUCUGAGCUGCUCUCGCAGCUGGACUCCGGAGUUUCCCAGGCCGUCGAGGGCCCAGAGGAGCUCAGCCGCAGCUCCUCUGAGUCCAAGCUGCCAUCGACCGGCAGCGGGAAGAGGCUCUCAGGGGUGUCCUCGGUGGACUCCGCCUUCUCUUCCAGAGGAUCGCUGUCGCUGUCCUUUGAGCGGGAGCCUUCGACUAGCGAUCUGGGCACCACAGACGUCCAGAAGAAGAAGCUUGUGGAUGCCAUCGUGUCUGGGGACACCAGCAAGCUGAUGAAGAUCCUGCAGCCACAGGACGUGGACCUGGUGCUGGAUGGCGGCGCCAACCUGCUGCACCUGGCGGUGGAGGCUGGGCAGGAGGAGUGCGUCAAGUGGCUGCUGCUCAACAACGCCAACCCCAACCUGACCAACCGCAGGGGCUCCACCCCGCUGCACAUGGCCGUGGAGAGGCGGGGGCGGGGCAUCGUGGAGCUCCUGCUGGCACGGAAGAUCAGCGUCAACGCCAAGGAUGAGGACCAGUGGACGGCCCUCCACUUUGCCGCCCAGAGCGGGGACGAGUCUAGCACACGGCUGCUGCUGGAGAAGAACGCCUCGGUCAACGAGGUGGACUUUGAGGGCCGGACGCCCAUGCACGUGGCCUGCCAGCACGGGCAGGAGAACAUCGUGCGCAUCCUGCUGCGCCGAGGCGUGGAUGUGAGCCUGCCGGGCAAGGACGCCUGGCUGCCGCUGCACUAUGCAGCCUGGCAGGGCCACCUGCCCAUCGUCAAGCUGCUGGCCAAGCAGCCGGGGAUGAGCGUGAACGCGCAGACGCUGGACGGGAGGACACCCCUGCACCUGGCUGCACAGCGCGGGCACUACCGCGUGGCCCGCAUCCUCAUCGACCUGUGCUCCGACGUCAACGUCUGCAACCUGCUGGCACAGACGCCCCUGCACGUGGCCGCUGAGACGGGGCACACUAGCACUGCCAGGCUGCUCCUGCAUCGGGGCGCCGGCAAGGAGGCCGUGACCUCGGACGGCUACACUGCCCUGCACCUGGCUGCCCGCAACGGACACCUGGCCACCGUCAAGCUGCUCGUUGAGGAGAAGGCCAAUGUGCUGGCCCGGGGACCCCUGAACCAGACGGCGCUGCACCUGGCCGCCGCCCACGGGCACUCAGAGGUGGUGGAGGAGUUGGUCAACGCUGACGUCAUUGACCUGUUUGACGAGCAGGGGCUCAGUGCGCUGCACCUGGCCGCCCAGGGCCGGCACGCACAGACGGUGGAGACCCUGCUCAGGCAUGGGGCCUACAUCAACCUGCAGAGCCUCAAGUUCCAGGGCGGCCACGGCCCCGCUGCCACACUCCUGCGGUGAAGCAAGACUUAGCUGGCUGCCUGCGGAGACCAGGGGUCUGUGUGGGGCUCCUGUCCUGCCCUUAUGUUCCUUGUGGGGAUGAAACGAUGCUGCCUGGGGCCCUGUCGUGGCUUGCCUAGACAUUGACGGAGUGCAGGUGACGUGGUGGCAUCAGGAGGCUGUGCUGCUGACCGGAGCGUCCCCUCCAGGUGAAGCUGGCUCAGGUGCACUUGGCUGCUCCCCGAUCACCAAUCUAGGCACCUGCUGUCCGAAGGGACCAUGGGUCAGAGUCAUUUCAUUGUGCUCCUAAUGGGCCGCUGAAGCUGGUCCCUUGGUGAGGAAGCCCCAGGUGAGGAAGCGUCCACUCUCCUGAGGCGAACCACCUCGGGUCACUGGAGCUCACCAGUCUUGACGGUGGAGGUGCAGGAGCAACUGCGUUUUUUCUCUUUAUACACGGCGGUGGGCAGAGAGGCCUGUCUCAAGGUUUUCCGCGGAAUUGUAUCUGAAAGAGAUGAGUGCCUGAUCAGCUGUUGCUGGAGACCUGUUAAAAACAUUC